AUGGAAGAGGCUGAUCAAAGAUGGGAAACCUGGAAGUGGAGUAGUGAUCCAAAUGGUUCCUUCUCUGUGAAACAGGUCCGCGCUGAGAUUGAGGAGGCCAGCCGAGAUGAUUCUCCCGAGCCUGUGUCUUUUGACUGGAAUCCAUGGGCUCCUCCGAAGACUAAUUAUUUACUUUGGAGAGCUUUGUUAGGAAAAAUUGCCUCGAAAAUGGGUCUGAUUCAUAGGGGUGUGCAGCUACCCGAUACCCGAUGUCCUCGGUGUGGUAUAUAUGACGAAGACCCGUCCCACAUCUUCGUUAAUUGUCUUUGGGCCAAGUCGAUAUGGUGGAAUAUUUUGUCCUGGUUGCGAGUCUCUUUUCCGUUGAACAUUACCAACCUUUCGGAUUUGAUUGGUUACAUCAAAGACAGGUCGGGUGCUGCUCUUUGGAAGAAAACAGUUUACACUGUUAUUCUCGCGACGGUUUGGAGGAUUUGGCUCGCUAGGAAUGAUAAAGUCUUUGAGGAUAAUUUUAUCCCUAUCGCUAAAUUGGUGGAUCAAAUUAAAGAGGACGCUUAUUUAUGGAUUUGCAAUAGGUCGAAGCUCAAGAAGCCGAAGUGGGAGAAUUGGGUAGCUUUUGACAUCUUAGAUAUGUUGUAA